AUGUCAUCUCACUCCGCCAGCAUGAAGAGCAAGGCGGCCAACACCCAUUCGUCCGCGCGUCUGGCUUCCUCGGGCGGGAAAACCCCGCGAACCCCCAACAGACCACCACAGCAUCAGGCGACCUUGUCCCUCGGUACCGUGGUUGGGACCACCACCACCUCGCCGAACGGCUUCUCCAGCCACGACCAAAGUCGGUCCUUCGCGAUCUGUGCGGGCUCUGCCGCUGUCCUGGCGGAGCUGGGUGCGGACAACACCGUGAGCCAGCGCUUCUUCCGCGCACGCCCUUCAGCGACCAGUGUCAACCCGGUCACCUCCUUCUACCACCAAUCCACCCCACCAGGCACCCCCGAUCCGCGCUCGCGGUCGGUAUCGGGCAUCAAAUCCACCCCCCACGGCAAUGGACACACCGGUUCCCCUGCGUCGCAUGAGUUGCCUGACGGCGGCAGUCCCCGCCCGUGGUCUUCCCGAGAGCGGGUCAAAGCGGUGACCAGCGUCUGCAUCAGCCCCAACGGAAGGCUCCUGGCCGUCGGCGAGACCGGCUAUAACCCGAGGGUUAUGAUCUUCUCCACCGACAAAGACGCGGCCGGCGACGUCCCGCUCUCGAUUCUCCACGAACACACGUUCGGCGUCCGCAGUCUGGCAUUCAGUUCCAACUCCCUGUAUCUGGCCUCCCUCGGCGACGCCAACGACGGCUUCCUCUUCGUCUGGUCCGUCAAUUUGAAAAAUGGUUCCACCAAAUUACACUCGACCAAUAAAUGCACGGCACAGGUGCGCGACAUGCAUUGGAUGGGACAGACCCUGAUCACUGUAGGCGUUCGUCAUGUGAAGGUCUGGCGGCUGCCAGAGAUCAGACCUGGCUCACCCACCAAGUCACGACUGACGGUGGACGGCACCCCCAGCUCUCCGAGCGUUGCCCCCAAGGCUCUUGCGGGGCGAAACUGCGUCCUCGGUCCGCUUGUGGAAAGCACGUUUACGAGCGUGGUCAGUAUCUCCGAUCAUGAGGCGGUGGUGGGCACGGAAUCAGGGACCCUGUGCCUUCUCGAUGACACCGAGGGGUCCCAGAAACUCUCCGUGGUGCAAAACCUGGAUUUUGGCGUGACCUCUCUGGCGGUGGACGUGGAUGAAUCCUGUCUCUGGGUCGGUGGCCGUGGAAAUCGGAUCCGGAGAUUCUCCUUGGAGACUUUACGGACGCCAGUCACCCCGUCUCGCCCCACAAGCUCCAGGUCAUCCUCAGGGGGGAAGGCCAUGGAACCGGCGAUUGCGUGUCUGGGCUCUCUUUCUUCUCACAUCAUUGCCAUUGAUAGCACCAAGGCGAUCCAUCUCUGUCCCACCGAUGCACUGGACCAGAGUGACGAGUUAACUCACAUGGAAAAGACUCUCCUCGGCCACACGGACAGCGUCCUCGGUGUCGGUCCCUUGAAGACACCUAACCCCACCGGUGCCGACUUCUUCACCUGGUCGCGCGGGGGGAUGGUGAACUUCUUGGACACGCGAGGAUACUGCCAUAGUUCUCGAACAAUCGCCUUGGAUCAUCUUCCGGACAUGGACGACGAAUCGUGCAACGAAUUGCGUGUCCUCCGGUCCACGGAGGACAUGGAUUUUUUUCUAUCCGGGGACAAGCUGGGUGUUUUGAGAAUCUUUGCCGGGGAGUCCUGGAACUGUGUUCACGAAGUUCGGGCCCAUGGCGGAGAAAUUACUGACAUUGCCCUUCACGAGGACGACGACAUUUGUUUGGUGGCCAGCUCGGGCCGGGAUCGCAUGGUUCAGCUCUUUCAGAAAACCGGGGAGAGUCUGGAGUUGGUUCAAACCAUGGACGAUCAUGUCGGGAGCGUGGGGCAGCUUCUCUUUAUCGACGACGGGAACAAGCUCCUCUCAUGCUCGGCAGACCGCACCAUCCUAAUUCGCGAACAGGCUACGAGGGACGUCGACGGUACCACCGCCAUUGCGUACCUGACCACGCGGGCCAUCACCAUGAAAUCAUCCCCGGUAUCCAUGACCCUGUCCGCCGAGGACUCAGACCGUCUCAUUGUCUCCACUGCGGACCGCUGUAUCCAGCAGUACGAUCUCAAUUCGGGUCGUCAUGUGCAGUCGUUUCGCGCGGCAGAUUCCGAGUCAGGCGACACGGUUGUUAUGGGCUCCUUGGCGUCGGCUGCGGAGGUGGACGGCGAGAGUCCUCCGCUCCUCUUUGGUGUCUCGGGCACGGACAAGUCCAUUCGAAUCUACGACUUGGAGCGGUGUGCACUUCUCGCUGGUGAAUUUGGGCACACGGAGGGAAUCAGCGGCGUCCACUUGUUAGAAAAGCGAUCCAGCGACUCCGACGGGCCCGUGACCCGAACCCUUAUCAGCACGGGUAUGGAUGGUGUUGUCAUGAUAUGGGAUAUCUCCGUCCAACCAAACCAUUCCCACGAGUACACACAAUCGACCUCGAACGAGGAGGACACACCCUCCAAGGAUCUGGCAUCCUCCAAGCCUCUGCGCAAAAUCCUCUCGAGGAACGAGAUCGCUGGGUUUCAUCGACCGGAACACCUGGGCACCCCAACCCCGGUGCGGGCGCAUUCCCCGCCUCUCAUCCGCAAAGUAUCCAAGCUUUCACUGAGCUCGGCUAAGCACGGCCAUUCAACACCAUCGGUGUCGGUUCAUCCCCCGCCUGCCUCGGGGACCCGCGCGGACCAUGCGCGUCGCACUCCAUCCCCCCCUAGUCCUCAAUCCACCGUCGCGAGCAGACACCGCUCCGGUCAUUCGCGUCGCUCUUCUCUGGACUCGCGGCAUCACGCACCGAAAUCGAGCAAGUCCCAGUUUGGGAGCAUCAACAUGUCUACUGAGCAGGUUUGCCACACGCUCCAAGCGUACCGAAGGAAGCUGGACCGGUGCAAGGAUCGGAUCCGCGCCCAGAAAGUCUUGGAGCGAGAACUCCGACAGACCCUGCAGGUAUUGGAUGCCCGUGCGCAGCACCAGGAGGCCGGAGAACUGGAAAGCGACAGCAGCGACAAGGAGAAUGAACCGAUGCAUGGAGGUAUCAAGCGUAAACAUGUACGGAGACCGCGUCGAGCUUCUUCGAGCUCGGGUCUGAGUGACACGGAGUCGGAUAAAGCUCAACAUCUUACGGUUGAUUCUGAUGGAGAGGGCUAG